AUGGGUAACACUCAGGGGAAACCGGUGAAUUGCAAUGAUGCGGUCAACCUUAAUCAUUUUCGGCUCCUCCGUGUCGUUGGCAAAGGUGCCUUUGGAAAGGUUCGAAUCGUUGAAAGGAAGGACACCGGUCUUACAUUCGCGUUAAAAUAUAUCCGCAAAGAGGAAGUUGUUCGCUCGGAAAGUGUGCGAAACAUAAUUCGUGAACGGCGAAUGCUCGAGCAUCUGAACCACCCAUUUCUUUGUAACUUGCGGUACAGUUUUCAGGACAUGGAGUACAUCUAUAUUGUCGUUGAUCUAAUGAACGGCGGUGAUCUUCGAUUCCAUAUUUCACGAAAAUGCUUUACAGAAGAUGCAGUGCGGUUUUGGAUGGCGGAAUUGGGGUGUGCUUUGAGAUAUAUCCACUCGCAGGGUAUUAUUCAUCGUGAUUUGAAGCCAGACAAUGUGCUCCUGGACUCCGAGGGGCAUGUUCACUUGGCUGACUUCAACGUGGCAUCGGAUUUCCGACCAGGAAAGCCUCUCACCAGCAAGUCUGGAACCCUAGCGUACUUGGCGCCGGAGGUAUACGAAGGAGUGGGUUAUUCCUGCGAGGUCGAUUGGUGGUCAUUAGGUGUCACUUUCUACGAGUGCAUCUAUAAUAAGCGACCAUUCGAAGGACGAAGCCAGGAUACGCUGAGCGAAAACAUCAAAAAGGCUUCGCCGAAAUAUUAUGUCACUAAUCCCGCAGUUUCGGUCGCUUGUCUCCGGGCAUUGGGAUCAUUGAUGCAAAAAGACCGGAGCCAGCGAAUUGGCGCCAUCGGGUUUGAAACUUACACCCAGCACAUGUUCUUUGCGGAGAUCGACUUUGAUGCCCUCGAGCGCAAACAGAUUCCGCCUGUGUUCCGGCCAUCCAGCGAUAAGACCAAUUUCGAUGCGACCUAUGACCUUGAGGAGCUUCUCCUUGAAGAAGCACCCCUCGAGGCCAGAGCCCGGCGCCAAAAGCCCCGUGCUGAACUAAGGGACGAUGCCACUGCAAAGGAAAUUCGGGAGGAUGAGCUCCACCGUCUCAUCGAAACAAUGUUUGAGCCAUUUGAUUACACUUUGACGGAUUACCAAGGCAAUGCUGCUGAUGCCAUUGCCGCUGCAACCAACCCUGAGGACUGCUUCCCAGUGGCCACAACAACGCCCGCAAACACAGCAGAACAUGCCCGUCAAUUUUCACAACCCAACCCCAAUGGAAACCAACACCUCACUCAAACCGACGGAGCCUACCGUGCUCCCUCGAGUCAACAAAUCAAUACAGUCAACGAGAACCUCAACCCCAAUGAUCCCGCGCAUGGCGCUCAGCCACCAUCCCCUUCAAACCGUGUGUCACCUUCACCGCCACCUGCCCCAUCUUUCCACCGACCCCUACCCCAAAAUUACCGACCCCGCGGCGCCGCUCGGCAAAUGAGUAAAAGUGGUGGCGUGCAAAUGGUUCUCAACGAAGCUGGUAGUUGGAGUGAGCUGGCUCAUACAUCCACACUUCCGGCGGAGGGCUUGGAGGGCGGCGAUGACAAGAGCAAGCAGGCCAAUGGCAUGAUGUCCUUCUUCAGCCGAAAGAAGGGUCGCGAUCGCAGCCCUAAACCCACUGAACCGGGUGUUUUGGGCAAGGAGGGAGCUAGACAAAUCAUCAACUGA